AUGAGCACUCAAAUCAUACGCAUCGCCACUCUCCUGUUGCUUUGGGCAGUUCACGUCGCAGGGAACACCUUCGAUGCGGACAAGGUAAAGCCCAUUGACCAGCCAGAGCCCGUCACGACUUCUGAUAAGGCUGCCAUCUCCGGCGCAUGUCAUCCAUACGCCGUUGUGUCCUCAAACGGCUACACCAGUUCUGGUAUGAAGUCUUCUAGCUCCUGGAGCAUGAGCGGCUGUGGAGGUUCCGAGUUGGGCUCUCAAGUGUACGCGCGUUCGACAUGGCACGAUGACGUCUGGGCCAUCAUGUACGCGUGGUAUUUCCCUAAAGGGUCCGACAAGGGGUGGGAUUUCACCCACGACUGGAAGUUUGUUAUCGUCUGGAUCGACAACCCCGCUCUUGAAAGCCCAGCAAUUCUGGGCGCGACAGUGUCUACAAACAAGUGCUUGAUGAAGUACGUCCCACUCGAAGAGAAAUACGUCGAUGGGACGAGCGUCAAA